UAGAAACGCUUUACAUUUGUAGGAUUCAUGACGUACCAAAAAAAAUUUAUAAAAAUAUUCAAAAUUUUAACCUGCAUUAAAUAAAACUAGGGUUAGACCACAUUUGAAGCACUAAAGUGACCAUUCAAGAUACUACUAAUCAAAGAGAAAAUGUGGGAGAACCUAACCUCAAAAUAAUAUUGUGUCCAAAACAUUCCCACAAAAUGGAAAAAAGUGACGAAAUCAAAGUGGGAGACUUUGUUAUAGUGCAACGGCAGGAAUAUACGAAACUGCACAAAGUAAAACAACAUGGCAAUAUGGUUUUGGGUAAAUAUACCGUGGAAAUGGACAAUAUUAUAGGGCACAAGUACUUUGAUACAUUUCAAAUGAAAAACCACCCAAAAAAUAGAAAACUCUUUAUAUUGGAGCAAAAAAACGAAGUCACUACCGCAAGUACUGGUGUGAACAUUGAAAAAUCCGGCGUAGACAACAGAAACAUAACAUUGGAUGGGGAAAUACAGACAUUAAAGAAAGAAGACAUAGAUAAGUUAACAGACGCUGAAUUGAACUCAAAUGUGAUUGUCGAACAACUCAUAAACAAUUCCAAAACGUUUAAUAUGAAAACUGGGUAUAGUCAGGAGAAGUACAUAAAGAAAAAAGAGAAGAAAUACUUUGAAUAUAUACAAGUUCUUAAGCCAACGAUAAGGCUGCUGGCAAAUAUGUUCUACAGACAGGAUCCCACGAAAAUACUAAACAUACGAAUAGAUGAUUUGUCCCAAAUAUUAUCUUAUGCAAACAUCCACAGUGAAGGGUGUCAUUUAUUAUAUGAUAGUGGCAGUAGCGGAUUAAUGAUGGCCACCAUAACAAACUCUUUAGGCAAAAAUACCGGCGGGACCGUUAUUCACAUGCAUCCUGGAAAUGAGUGCCAAAAAACUGUUUUCGCGGCACUCCAGUUUCCGCAAGAGCAGAAAGACAGAUGCAUAAAUGUCAACUUGUAUUCAGUUCUAAGAUAUUUCUAUCAAAAUAAAGAACAUGCUGAGUCUACUAAUUUAGAUGAACCAAAUCUAGAAGAAUGCCUAGAACCACCUCAGAAAAAACUGAAGACAAGUGAAAGCGACACUGUGACGACAAUUGGGCAGUCUCAGUGCAAACGACCCCAGUGGCAACUUGACAAUGAGCAAGCUGCCAAACUUCUUGAGAAAAAAUGUGACUCUCUGAUAAUUACAGCUAAAGAGCAUCCUGUUGGUCUAGCUAAGGAGCUAUUAGAGUUUUUGAAAGGAGGCAGACAGUUUGUGGUAUUUAGUUUGUUUAGAGAACCUUUGCAGGAUCUCUAUGUGUAUUUGAAGAGCCGUUUGGACAUUGUAGCGAUUCGAUUGUGCAGUAAUUUCUUGAGGCACCACCAGGUGUUGCCAGAAAGAACCCACCCCGCGAUUAUGAUGACCAACGGGGGCUAUAUUCUGACCGGGGUGAAGCUGAACUCUUGAUGGGCGGUAUUUUAAUUUUUAUAUUAUUAAAAAACCACAUGUGAAUAGAAAUAUGUAAAAUAACUUUCAGAAAGUGAUGGAAUAAACUGAUACUGUUAACGAAAGCUCGAUUAAAAUUCUAAUUUAAUACAGUAAAAUCCUCAUUGCAGUUACAGUAAUGAUGAGUUUUGGAUUGAAGAAACACUACAAUGCU